UUGUGCGAUGUCCGAGAGAAUCGUAAUGCCACGCCCAUCGAACCGAGUGAAGACGAACGAGUUAGUCAGUUAUGCGAGUGAAAGCAGUGUGAUGGAGUGCAGCUCCGAGUCCGCGAAACGAAAAAAGACAACUCCAUGGUGUGAUGACGAGCCGGAGUGCGUUAGUGCUGUGGAAAGUAAAAAAAUGCGUCGUAGUGAUAACGGAGAAACGUGUCAAACAUUCGGUAAGUACCCAGAAUACACUAUGCCCGCUAAUGCGGGGCAUCUUUUUAAGGUAAUUCGGGAGUUAAUACCUUUGAAGGCAGAGACCAUUAAAGUUGCGGACCGACGGAUUAUUCGGGAUACGGCGGACCAGCUGAUGGAGGAGCUCGUCCAAAUGGCCGGAGUUGUGAAAGAACAUCGUCAUACCAUCGCAAGGAACGACGCGGAAGUAAAAGAGACCAAGGAAAACACCACAAAAGAAGUUCUCUUCCUAAGGACGAAAUGUUGACCAACGCGAGACGUUUUUACAAAACAGUAAGAGCUCUAACUAAGCGAAUAGAAUAAUUAAGCGCGCGGAAUAUAGUCGCGUUUUUCGGAAAUAUAAAGAACUACUUGAAAAAACGAGAACCAAUAAAUUCAGGGAAUUUUGCACUCGAAACUCCGAAAAGGACCCGUGGGGAACGUCCUAUAAAGUAAACAGCAAUUAUACAAAAAACACACGGGACACCGCCAAAUAUAUUUUAGAUUCUUUUUUCCCGUCGGACAAUCCAGAUACGGACAAUCAAUCCCAUCGUCAUAUUCGCGAGAUUGCAAUCCGGGAUAAUUUUAAUGAAGAAAACGAGUUUUUUAAGGAAAUGACAUGCGGAAAUUGAACGGGCUUUGAACAGAAUGAACAUGCGAAAAGCACCAAGACUCGACGGCGUUACUUCCGAUGCAGCCCUGGUAGCAUUUCAGACCGCUCAGGAUGUUUUUAUUAACAUUUUUAACGAGUGUUUUAAAUUUAGCGUUUUUUCAAAAUGCUGGAAAGAGCAACAGGUAAAAAUUAUUCCAAAACCGGGUAAACGCGACUUUCAAAACGUAAAAAGUUUUCGGCCUAUUAGCUUACUACCGAUUGUAGGCAAAGCUUUAGACAGAAUUUUCACUACGCGAUUACAAUUCGAAAUUAAUAAAAAAGGAGAUAUCAAUAGUAAUCAGUACGGGUUCGUAGCCGGUCGGUCCACCACAGACGCUGUAACUGCAGUCAUAAAGAGUAUAAAAAUCUCACGCGAAAAUGACAAUUACGUCCCUACUAUUGCGAUAGAUAUUUUUGGGAGCCUUCGACAAUGCUUGGUGGCCGCGAAUUAUUUUCGAAUUACAAAGACGUAACAUUUCGGGAACAUUAAUCAAAUUAUUGCAAAAUUAUUUUAGCGACAGAACCGCUGUCGUUACUAUUAGUUCGCAUUGAGUAGCCGAAGCAAGCGGUUGUGGGAUGUCGGAAGGCCAGCGAGUAGCCACGCCUACCAGUGCAAGUCGUGUUCGGUUCAGUUCGAUUACUAGUGUCGCGAGCGAAUCGAGUGCGCGCAAGAGUCCAUGAAGCGGAAAAAUUCACAAUGGUGCGAUGACGAGCCCGAAUUCGCGAAACGGUCGGAUAAUAAAAAACCAAAACGUCGGGACAGCGGGGAAUUAACACAUGUCAGGGGAAGUCUGCCGGAAGACAUGUUGAGCGGUGACGCGAGGCGAUUUUUUAAAAUCAUUCAGGUGUUGGUUCCGAUGAAGGCGGAAACUAUAAAAGUAGCAGACAGGAAAGUAAUCAGGGAAACGGCCGAUCUAUUAAUGAAGAGUUUGGUCCAAAUGGCGGGAGUUGUUAAGGAGCUGCGACAUACAAUCUCCAAAAAAGACGAAGAAAUAAAACAAGCCAGGGAGUCAGCAACAAAAACUGUAAGUACUCCGCCAUUAAUGUCUUAUUCUGAUAGGUUAAAGUCAGGGAAUAAUGUACCACUUAAGCCGCGAGUAAACGAAACCUCUUUUCCGGUACAGAUCGGGUCUAAAAAAGCAGGUAAGGACUCAGACUUUAUUAAAGAAGUAGUAAUGCGCACGGUAGAUCCCAUAAAAAACAACAUUGCCGUGAAAAAUGUUAGGGCUACAAAAUCGGGAAAUAUAGUUAUAGAUUGUGCUAGGCAAGAAGACGCAGAGAAAAUAAAAUUGUCGCUUUCUGUGCAGGCUAAAGACGAAGUAGAAGUCAAAGACAUUAAAAAACGGUGGCCAAGUGUCAGGAUUGAUAGGAUCAGCAAAGAACUAAACGCUAGGGACAUCCAUGAGACUAUUUUAGGGCACAACGACUUUAUAGAUGAAUAUUGCGGAAAUGACGUAAACAAAUUUAAGACACAUUUCAGACAAUUAGCUGUUUUCGAGACCGGCGGCAAUAAAGAAACUUACAGCGCAGAUUUCGAAGUUAAUCCCACACUUAGGGUUAAAAUGUUGGAUAGGCCAAUUUAUUUAAAUUGGCAAAGAGUCUGGGUUAGGGACCACUUUUCAAUGUUGCAGUGCUUUCAGUGCUACGACUUUGGCCAUCUCUCCAAAAACUGCAAAAUAAAGGAACAAUUAUGCGGUAAAUGCGGCGGAAAGCACCAUUCCAAAGAUUGUAAAUCAAAAACUACGUCAUGUGUAGUGUGCGUCCGGUCUAACAAAGAUAAAAAGCGUGCUCCGGUAAACACCGAUCACGACGCGAAAAGUAGCUCUUGCCCCACAAUGAAUAGAAUAAGAAACUCUAUUCUAUCUAACAUAGAUUUUUAUGGUAACUAAAAACCAUAAAAAUAACCCCGACGCGGAUUUCGUUUUAAAUUUCGGCCAAAUUAAUUUAGGUAAGGGCAAGGCGGCUACUAGCAAUCUCUUGAAAAUUAUUUUAGAAAAAAAAUUAGAUAUUUGUUUUGUACAGGAACCUACGGUCAAUAGAUCGAAAAUUGUAGGUUUUUCUAAAAAUAACUUGGUAAUUUAUAAAUUGUGUAAAGUUCCUAAAGUAGCUGUUAUUGUAAAUAACUCAAAUAUUUCUUGUUUAUUUUUAGAAAGUAUUUCUUGCGAUAAUAUAAUUGUUGUUGAAAUUACCGUAAAUACCAUAACGAUAGUUCUUGUUAAUGUCUAUUUACCACCUGCGGGGUCGAACGCCGACGAGAACAAGUUUCUCGAACGCCUUAAUUACGUUUUCUCAGAACUCGACCAAACAAGACCUAUUGUUAUGGCAGGUGAUUUUAAUGCGAAAAAUUAUAUUUGGGGCAGUCCGAUAAAUGACAAUAGAGGUAAUAAUAUUUUGGAAAUAUUUGAAAAUAAUAACUUUAUCGUUUUAAAUAAUAAUGUCGAACCUACUUUUGUUGGACAUCGCGGGUCAAGUUUUGUUGAUUUAACGUUAGCAAAUUUUAAUGCAUUAACUUUAAUAAAAAAUUGGCAUUUAUCGGACGAAGAAACACUUUCUGACCACAAAUUAAUCACGUGGCAGGUUUCGUUUGAGAAAAACGAAACUAAUAUCGUUGACCGUAGGUUUUGUAAUAAAAAAGCAAAUUGGCAAACAUUUUCGGACAGUUUUAGGGAUAGCAUAGGAAAUAUAGUACUAAUCGACGAAAAUGACAUUUCAGAACGCGCAAACUUUUUAAAUGACUGCAUAGUUACAGCGUGCGAGGCUUCUAUGCCACUUAAAAAACAUUUCGCAAAAAGUGUACCGUGGUGGACCAAACAACUUACCGAAAAAAGGUCCCAAUCGCGGAAAAUUAGACGUUCUUUUCAGCGCGAAAAAAAUCAAGCGGCACGAGAGAUCAAGCGCGCGGAAUACAACCGUGUGUUCCGUGAAUAUAAGGAGCUUUUAGAAAAAACUAGGGCAAAUAAAUUUAGGGAAUUUUGUACGAGGGACUCUGAAAAGGACCCGUGGGGAACAGCAUACAAGGUCAU